GAUGAGAUGAUAAGAGUCCGAGGAUCAUUUCUGGGACCUAUAAUAAAGCUCAGUGAGAGAGGAUUGAAGUUAUCAGCAAAGAUAGUCUACGCCAUUCUCACUAGAAGCAUCGUUUCUGUCAAGGAGAAUGAAGCCUGGUUCCAUUUCGGUGCGCAGCCAAUGAGGUUCUCUAUAAGAGAAUUUCAUAUGAUGACAGGCUUGAAAUGUAGUGGUGCAUUAGAAGGACCACGAAGGGAACCGAGAGAUUUAAUUGGGAAUUGCUAAAGGGGCGUAGUCAUAAGUUAAGUGACGUGGUGGACCAGCUCAGAAACACAAGAGAAGAUGCUUCUGAGGAGAGAGUAUGCCUCGCAAUGCUCAUCCUGGUAGAGAGCAUAUUAUUGCGGAAGAGCAAAGGAGGGAGUUUUCCUUUGGAAUAUGCGAAAAAUGCACAGGAUAUGACAUAUCCAUGGGGAAAAGAGGCUUACAUUGUGCUCCUGAAGUCAAUUCAAAACGCUGUCGCGAAUCAUUUGGAGAAUAAAUCCAAAUUUGAGUUGCAAGGUUAUCCUCUAGUAUUCCUUCUUUGGAUACUAGAGUCGAUUCCUUUGCUAAGGAAUAAGUUCAGUAAGUGUGUACCAACAGUUGAGGUUCCUGGGCCGACUUACUUGUGUGAAAAAUACACUGAGAUAGAGAAUCCAUCACUUGAUAGGGUUUUACAGGUUGAAGCUGAUACAAAGCUGAAGGUCCAUUGCAUACUACCUUCUAUUCCUCAUGAUCCAGAAGAUGAUAUCUCCAUUGAAGACAAAUAUAGUGACGAGUUGGAAACAGUGAAAGAUGUAACAAAGAAAGGGUACAAGAUUACAGCCGAUGACUGGGAAAAUAGGUGUGUAGACACAUUUGACACAUUGGAUGCUCUUAUUCAAAUGAUGGCAAAUAAGGAGACUGGCCAAGCUUCUACUCCGAUUGAUGAGGAUUCAGUAAAUGAAAAAGUGAACAGGAUCAUCACGGUAAUGGAGGAGAAUCUGAAGAGCAUGAAGGAUCGAAUGUCAUUACUGGAAGAAGAAAACAUACAUCUUAGAGCUCGUGUGUCAGAGUUGGAAGGAAACAGCAAUGUUUUUCCCACUAACGUGACACAAAAGCGAUCCAGUGGGACACCUUUAUCUCCAAUGUCUCACACGCAACCAUCCAGUGGGACACCUUUAUCUCCAAUGUCUCACACGCAACCAUCGAGUGAGACACCUUUAUCUCCAAUGUCUCAACAGCCUAAUUUGACACAUGAGGAGACAAUGAUUGAAUCAGCUGCAUCUCCAAAGUCUCAACAAAAUGAGGAUUACACGCAAUCAUCGAGUGAGACGCCUUUAUCUCCAAUGUCUCAACAGCCUAAUUUGACAAAUGAGGACACAAUGAAUGAAUCAGAUGAUGAAACUCCUGCCCUUGAUACACAAGUAUUCUCUCCUAAUCUGACAAAAGAGAAAGAAACAGAAACGUCUACCGAUGAGAGGCCAUCCAAUCCUAAUCAAGAUGGAAAACCAGAUGAUGAGAUUGUGAGAGAGAAAUUAACAAGUGAGUCACCUGCUAGUCAGAGUCAAGUUUUGCAGAAAGAAACAGUAGAAAUGAAUGAGACACCUUCUUCUCCAAUAGCUCCAAAGAGUAUUGAAACUCCCGUUUAUACUCCAAGUCAGACUCAGCAGAUUGAGAGAGAGCCAUCGGAUGACACGCCUGCCCUUGAUACUCAAGUUUUUACUCCUAAUCUGACAAAAGAGAGGGAAACACAAACCUCUACUGAUGAAACGCCACCCAAAACUAAUCAAGGAGAAGGAAAACCAGAUGAUGAGAUUGUGAUUGAGUCACCUGCUGCUCAGACUCAAGUUUUGCAAAAAGAAACACUGGAAAUGAAUGAGACACCUUCUUCUCCAAUAUCUCCAAAGAGUAUUGAGGCUCAAGUUUUUACUCCAAUUCAGAAACAGCAGACGGUAACAGAGGAAACGUAUGAGGCUACACAGCCAUUGACUGAGAUCAUUUCAGCAAACAAUAAAAAGGAGGAUACACAUGCUGUGCAUUACAGACCUUCCUCUCCAUUGUCUUCACUAAUUGCACUAGUUAUUGAAGAAAAUAAGAAUGCUUUGAGUGAGACAGAAACUGCGACCCAAUAUUUUUCUACAAGUGAAGGAGAGCAUUCACAAUCAAAUGUUUCGAAGACACAGCCUCUUACUCCGCAAACACAGCACCUUCAGACAAGUGAGGGAGAUCAAUCCGAUGAGACACCAUCAGAGCAGAAUCAAGCAGAAGAAAAUCUCAAGGAUACUACAGAACCUACUACUGAGCUAGUUUCCACAGAUGUUUCGAAGAUGCCGCCUAUUACUCUGCAAACAGAGCAUCUUCAGACAAGUGCUAUAGAUUUUUCAGAAACAAACGAGGUUGAAGUAAGCAGGCUUCUAGCUCACUUUCAAAUAGGCGCAGAGGUUGAGAUUUUGUCUACUGAUGACGAAAUAUGGUAUCCAGGAAAGGUUGUUGAUCUUAAACUGUGUGAAGGACUAGAGGAGCUGACAGUUGAGUACACGACACUCUUCACAGACCAACAUAGACUUCAGAAACUUCAGGAUACUAUCACGGCUGACAAAAUACGUCCUGCAACACCAACUAGUGACCAAAAAUCCUUUGAGAUGAUGGAUAAGGUAGAAGCCUUCUACAACAAUGGCUGGAGCAGCGGACAAAUUAGCAUGGUACUUGGUGAUAACACAUACUCGGUGUGUCUCUAUACUUCUAUGGAAACUAUUCUAUUCAAACAUUCAGAUUUGCGAAUUCAUAGAGAAUGGAAAGAUGGAGUCUGGAAGAUGGCAGAUAAGGUGAAGCCUGAUAAGAAAAGGAAAGCUGCUGCCUCAUCACAAAAUUCAGGAUGGAUAUGUUUUCCUAAGAAGGAGCGAGAGGGUGCCUAA